AUGGACACCGCACAGGAAGACGAGCUGCUCGCGAUGGGGAGUAUUUUGGGACCAGAAGAGUUUCGUCAAAGCGAAACCAACUCGGGUGGGAUAAAUGACAACCUUCAAGGUUUGGCGGAUAAUUUCACUAUUUGUCACUCUUCACUUCAAACAGGUGAAAGUCAGAGAGAGUAUGACUUUCAAUACCUGCCGCCCUUGACAGUGCAGUUCGAGUUGCCAAGAACCUACCCUAGUCAAUCCUGUCCUGUGUUUACACUUGGUUGCCAGUGGCUGCGCCAUAAUCAGCUCUCGAAGGUAUGUGAACAUCUCUAUGAGAUGUGGCAGGAGAGCGGAGGUGGCGAGGUCCUCUUCUCCUGGUACCAGUUCCUCAAGGAGGACCUCCUGGACUUCCUCUCCAUCAGCUCCCCAUGGGAGGUCCCCAGCAGGGAGCAUCCUGAGCAGGGCGCCUCAUCUCCAUAUGCCCUGGACACCAGUAGUGACCCACGUGUCACCGCCUCCUGCUCGACCCACACAGAUGAUCUCCUGCAGGUGCUCCUGGAGCACAACCAGAAGAUGAAAUGGAGGGUGUUUGAAGACCAGAUUUUCCAGUGCAGCAUUUGCUUCUCAGGAAAACCUGGUUCAGAGUGCCACAGAUUUGAACCCUGCGAGCAUGUGUUCUGCAAAGACUGCACGGCUAAUCUGUUCACGAUUGGCAUUGAAGAGGGGAGAGUUCUGCAGUUCGGAUGUCCCAACAGUGACUGUGAUUCAGUGCCUUCUCUGUCUGAGGUGAAGGCGCUGGUGGGGUCGGAGUUGUUCUGUCGCUACGACCAGCUGCUGCUUCAGAAGUCGCUGGACCGCAUGGCUGGUGUGGUGUACUGCCCUCGGCCCAACUGCAGCUGCCCCGUGGCACUGGAGCCGGGGGACAACUGGGCCCUCUGCCCCUCCUGUGCCUUCGCCUUCUGCACCAAGUGCAGAGAGGCCAGCCACGGGGUAGACAGGUGUCCCCAAGAUCCCAGAGGACCCAUAAGAGAUCCCAAGAGGAGAGGUGUUGCUGAGGACACCUCUGACUUCCUACCACUUCCAAAGGAUUCAGAGAGGAUCCAGGAGCUUUGGAAUGACUACCAUAGCGGCAGUAAAAUGAGAAAGCAGCUUCUGGAGGAGCGGUACGGGAAGAAGACGCUGCAGACGGGUAGUCUGAAUUAUGCCCUGAGUGGAUCGUGGAUCAAGAAGAAUACAAAAAAGUGCCCAUCGUGCAGCGUGGACAUAGAAAAAAACGAAGGAUGCAACAGUAUGUACUGCACAGCCUGCCGCACCAGCUUCUGUUGGUGUUGCCUGAAACUCCGGCACUAAAGGCCUCGCACACUUCUCAGGAGCCGACUGUGGCAUGUAGUGUGGUGUCACCAGACAAGGAGUUAAGAAGAAAGAUUGUGCACACACCGCAGGUUAAGGUGCAGGACAAAGGCUGCUUCAGCUUUUCGAGUGAGUGAGGAGUCUGCACUUGAAUGAGUGGGGAGGGAGAGAAAGACGGGGAGGGAUGGGCAAAUGACCCGGGCUGGAAUCAAACCCGGGUUGCCAGUGUAGCAAUGCAGGGAACUACCGUUAGAGUCACGGUAGGGCCGAAAUACUUUUUGAGAGAAUUUGAUAAAGAUCUCAAUGGCCGAAACGUAGUUCUGCCAUGGAAUAAAACACAAAAAUGGACUUCGAUGUGUGCAGACUCCUCACUGUAAAAGACCAGGAUUCCACAGCGUGUAGGCCUGUGUUAUGGCGUCAGUGACCCCAUGGUCUUGGCGGAGGUUUGCACUCUGUGAAUGCUUCUCGUUUGAAAUGUCUUUACAUAUACUGUAGCAUUCCAAAAGCUAUGCAGCAUCAGCAGGUACCUUACAAUUCCUUCACAAUAUUCAUCAUUUUAAACAUGAAAUGUUUUGUUUAGCUUAGUGUUCACAAGGAAUUAAUUUCAAUGUAUUUAAAUACGUGAUUUUUGUGUAAUGUUUCACCCCUACGAUACAGCAAUAACUUUUUGAUGAUAUUUUCACACCCUGGAUGGGAGAAGAAGGGUGGGAAAGGCGCUAGGGAGUGGAGUGUGUGUGAAUAUCACGAGUGUACUUUAUGAGGCAUGUGAAAGGAGUGUGAUGCCUUGCGAUUAAGACUGAUAUUCUGCUCUGGCUUUGCUCUGGGUUGGGUGGCUUUUAGCCAUAAAUAUUAUUGUAAGAUUUUUUUCCGCUCUCAAUAUGGAACGUCCAGGGAAAGCUUGUAUGGUUUGUGGUAUUGCUGGGUUGACCAGUACUAAGACAGACAGUUCUGUCCAUAACGUGAAGAACUACCUCACUGAGCUGGUUCUUACUGUGCCAGCUCUUAUUUUCCUGGGAUGAAUGAAUUAACUAGUUCUAAGAACUUUUUACUCUCAUGUGGAAGACUCACCAUGACACAUCCAACUGCUUGUUUAUGUCCUCUUUUUUGAAAGUCACUGGUGUAAUGUAGGCUAAUAAACUUGAAGGUAAAGAUGAAAUUAAAAUAACCAUGAUGAAUGAAUCAAACCUAAUAAUAGGUUUACAUCAAAGAGUAAUAAAAUGUAAAUAUGGUGGCAGUAGAGAGGAACAAUGUAUUGGGGACUGAAUUAUCUGCUGUCGUCGCUAUUGAGGUAAGAUUUACAAGUGUUAACUGUGAAUGAUUAUUAUUUAUGAAUGUUUAUAUUGCAUGUUGUAUUGCAUUGAUUUGGGUAGCCUUGUAUAUAAACAACUAUUGUAUUCAGGUCAUUUUGCACUCCUCAACCAAGCUACUUAAUCAAAAGAAAUGGAAGCUACUGCUAUGUGUGUACACACAAUUGUGACAUAUUGAUGAUUUGUGUAUGAAUGUGUGUGAUGUAUGCAUGA